UACGCUGCGGAAUGACGCCUGGUAUGCAGAGGACGGCAACAAGACCUUUACAAAAGGAGGGAACAUGAGAGCAGCUGACAAACGAAAGAUAACGGCUAACCGUCUCCAAGUCCAGUAAUUUCCUCUUUGGUUGGUGUCAUGACUGCCCAGUACCUGGACAACUGAGCCGUGGCGGCACACAGUGGUUGUAAAACAAGCAACAGCAGAAGAGAUGUGCCCUCUCUUCCCUGAGCCUGUGCCCCUCAAACAUCCCAUCACAUCUCUGAGGGUAGCCUUAGAAAAGAUAGAUACACUUCUGAGGUCAAGUGUUCACAGCACCAAGCUGCCAGCAAUAUCAGCCAUCGUGGUUUUAAAUGACUCUGUUCUGUGGAAUGGAAACUUUGGCAAGAAGAACAGUAGUGACCCCUCCUCAUCUGCACCCAAUGAGUAUACAGUGUACAGAAUUGCAAGCCUCUCUAAAAUCUUUCCCACACUGAUGCUAUACAAGCUGUGGGAGGAUGGCCUGGUGGACUCUCUAGAUGACCCUCUGGAGAAAUAUGCGGACAACUUCACCAUUAAGGACCCGCUGCGGAAAACUGGGGGACCAGCAUCCUCGUCAGCCAGGAACCUUGGUAUCCAGUCUCCUGCACUCACUCUGCGCAGGAUGGCCAGUCAGCUCUCUGGGUUGCCCCGAAGAUUAAGGUCAACUAAUCUCCUUUGGAGUGGAGACACGAAAGCAGCCCUCACUUUGUUAAAGGAUGAUGUCCUUGUGACAGAUCCAGGCACCAAAUGCCACUACAGCAAUGUUGCUUUUUCCUUACUGGCCAACAUCUUGGCUCACAAGGUGACUGACUCAGACUUUGAGAGUUGGGUGUCAGAAAAUAUCCUGGAGCGGCUCAGUAUGGAGGACACUGGUUUCAAUUUAACCCCAGCCAUUCAGAGGCAAAUGGCUGUAGGUGUGUUCAGCAAUGGCCAGCCAGCUCCCCUCUACAACCUUGGCUGGUACCGACCUGCAGGCCAGAUGUAUUCCACAACAGCUGACAUGGCCAAGCUCAUGAUGGCUCUUCUAGGUGCAUACGGUGGGACCCUGCUCCGUCAGGAUACUCUGAACACCAUGUUGACCCCAGUCUUCCGAUGCCAUGGUGGCUACUUUGCCAACUUCACUGGCACACCAUGGGAGAUCAACGAGCAUUUGGGCUAUGAUAUGGUGAGGAAGGAUGGUGACCUGGACGGUUAUGCAGCCACCCUGUCUCUGGUGCCACGACUCAAACUGGGAAUGGUAGUGCUCAUGGCCGGUGUUCGGCCUGCUGAACAGGACCUUGUGAGCCAGGCUUACAGCUAUCUCAUCCCCGCAGUGGAGAGGGCUUUCAGAGAUGUUAAACGAACUCUCAGACCGCCACCCAAUCCAGCCCCUUAUGUGGGCUUUUUCACUUACAGGAAUAUGACUUUCUAUGAGAUUAAGGUGGACUCAGACGGGGUGCUGGUCAUGCAGCAGUUUGGACCACAGGUGGACACAACUGUGCCGUCCAAGUACCGAACUAUUCAGCUGGAUUACCUGCAGGACAGGGUGUUCAGGGUGGUGUUUGAGAGCCCAUACCCUUGCAAGCUAAAGGUUAACAGUGCCUCAAUCUCCCUGGAGGCACAGGACAGACAGCUCUUCAACUUUUACCCCUUCAACAAGAAAGGUGUGUCGCCAGGGUUUGAUUCUCCAGGACUCAACACUUACAGGGUGAUGAGAAUAGCUGGCAGACCAUACUUUACUUCAUAAAGACAAGAAUUCAACUUACAAUAAGUCUGGCACUGUAACUGGAGGAUUGUGUCAAGGACAAAUGCAGUGGGGAGUUUGACAUUGUAAAUGCAUGGCAGUUUUCAACUGCUGGUUCAUGUGAGGCUUCCUUGCUGCAGUUAAUAUGAUUAUUAUAAACUUGGAUUUUAGUAUUAUUUAUUUUCUCUGCUUAUAAUAGCAAUUGUAUCAUUUGGUCUUGUCCAGAUCUCUAUCUAAGCAGUCCUCCCAUAACCAAAAACUGAUGACAGUAGUACUGUAUAAAUGUGUCUUAAGACGUGGUUGAUCAAUGGAAAAUGUGGCAGUGCUCCUCUUUAACCUCUAAGUGCCUAAAAUGUGACUUAGAAAGUGGAAAAACACAACUGAUUGAAAUAUUAAGUGGUCAAGUUUCUAAGACUCAGAUCCACCAGGGAAGCUUGUGGACAUGUUAUGAGCAGUAAAGAAGCAAAGUUACAAGAAAUAUGCUAAAUAAAACUCAUAUGGAAUAACAAGUGUUUAUCAAGUGUUUAUCAAGUACAAAUGUACAGGUAAACAUCAGGACUUCCCAACACGGUAGAUGUAAAAGUCCUUAGAGUUUUUUUUUUUUAGGAAUUCUGUAAUCAGACUUCUGGUACUACGCAAAAUUGUUUUACUUGUGCUUUGGAAUAUACCAUAAACGCUGGCAUGGUGAUAUCAUCUAAAUCUAAAGCAAUAUCAUAGCUUCAUAGAAAAAAACUGUAGUAUGUGAGUCCUACAUUUAUUGCUCUGGACAAGGGGAAAUGUAAUGUAAGCGGAGGAAGUAACUAAGUACAUUUACUUACUGAAAGUAACAUAAGUAACUGGACUUAACAAAUGUACUUGUUACUCCACAAUGUUCAUUUAGUAAUGUUAGUUUGUAGUUACUUUGCAAAUUCAGAUUUAUUAUACAAAAUAUAAUCACCAAAUAAAUCAUGAUGUUUUAUCUUGAUGUUUUAUCAUAGGUUAAGAUAAGAUUAUAAAAAAGGUUAUAUUGAUCUGGAGGGGGAAAUUCACAAGCUGCCAAACAAAGUCAUUAAAUUAGCUUCACCUCUACUAGCUGCAACAUUAAAGUGCUGGUUGUACUCAUUAAUGCAUCAGUGAUGAGAAUCUAUAGUGGCCUGGAAGGUAAAAACCAAACAUUUCACAACACAAUGCCAUUUUAGACAACACAAGAACAGUUCAUAAAACACAGUAUUUCACAAAAUGCAACAUUUUAGACAAUGCCGUAACAUUUCACAAAACACAAUGACAUUUUAGAUAACAAAACAUUACACAAAACACGACAAACAUUAUGGACGACACACUUCAUUAAACAUGACAUUUCACAAAACACAAUGACAUUUUAGACAACACAAUAUUUCACAAAACAGCAUUUCAAAAAACACAAGAACAUUACAAAACACAACAUUUCACUAAAUUCAACAUUUUACAUGACACAGCAACUUUUCAGAAAACAACAACAUUGCAUAAUACACAACAUUUCAAAAACCACAACAGGAAAAAGGAAAACGUUUGGUGAGAGUCAACUGGAAUAGGUAGGUAUGUAUUUAACAAUAAUUCCUUGUCACUGUUAAGAUGCAGAUUGGAGUAUAAAACAAAUGGAAGUGAUUCCUUUUGCUGUGUUUUCACUGCGUUAUUCUCAUUUUUUUUUCUGUAAAGUUGUUGUGUUUUGACUCCCAGAGCCACCAUAAGAAUCCCAAAAUAUAAUAUACAUUAUUCUGAAAUGGGCCAUUCUGCAUAAUGAGUACUUAUACUGUUGGUAUUGAAAAAAUAUUUUGAUGCUAAUACUUUUGUACUUUUACAUAAAGUACAUUUUAGUAUAAUGCAGGACUUUUACUUGUAACAGUCAUAAUGUGUGUAUGGAGAGCCAAAGUCCAAAUGCUAUCUUUUUUGGACUUGCUUUCGUUGGCCCUUGUGAGAAAAUGAAACCUGUUCCUGAGGUUUACUUUCUAUGUUCUAGGAAAAGUUGGUAUCCACUACAGCAGCUGAACUUUAAAACUUUGUGAUUUUAACAGACUUAACCUUGUAAUAACUUGUAAAAUAAGUUAAAACUUACAAUUAGCUACUAUGUCAGUGUACAUAAAAAAACUAUGGCUCCCCAAAAAAUUUAUAGGCGUGGCAGCAUGGGUACUUUUGUUUUCAUAAUUUGGCAUCCUUCAUAUCUAUAGAUUUCACCUCUCCUUUCCUUUUUUCAAUGAUGAAGCUGUAAUCUCUGAUGUCUAAAACUUUCACAGUGUUCAGUCCUCUCUGUGUUGCUGUUGAUACAGACAGAUACGAGCUACCUCUUGAGUAAUUUCUUUUGUCAGUACGGUUAACCUGUGAUGGUCUAGGCUUCAACGUGCCUCAGGAGCUGCUAAUCCAGUGCGACACUGAAAUCAUUCAGUCUAUUGCCUGCACAUCUAUCAAAAUAUUACAAAACAAGCAUACACAAGGACAGAGGUUAUGAUACUGUAACCCUACUUCUAUUAGCACAGGCAGAACCAUCUACUUGACUCUAGGUAAUACUCUCCUCCAAUUACAAGCACCCAUUCACCAAAUGACAUUCAAGACUUGUUUUGUUUCCGGUUCUGGGGAAAACUUGCGCAAGUUCGUAGUUUUCACUAAAGUCCGUACAUUUAAUGGAAACACACAGGAUUCUUAUUUCUUUUAAUACGCAUUUCCCAAUGAUUCGAAUCACUUUUGGAUGGAAACAUAGUGUCUUUAGAGAGGAGCGCUCCAGAUCUCCAAGGGGUCCUUCACUAAGGCCUUGAGCACUAAUGGCAGGUCUCAUUGCAGGGAAGAGGUACAUAUCCAGUGUUCAUUUUGACAGCUAUUUUAGAUUUUAGAGAUAUUUAUCCUUCACAGUUUGUAGUCAACUUUUAAUCAUUAUGUUUUCUUUUUUUUUUUUACCUUUAAAUUAAUCCAGUUAGGCUAGUCCAUGUAUCAAAAAUUAGAAUCAAGGUGACAGGUUGUGUAAAAAUUUAAUUUAAAUGUUCUUUUCUACAACUACAAAUAAUUUCUGAACAGUUACAAACUGUUAUUUCCCCAGCAAUUUUUGACAGGGUUAAGGGGUGACACACUUUAAAGGAGCAAUAAGCGAAAUUCAUCAUUUCUAGAUUGAAGGAAUUAAAAAAUUGCUAUGUGAAGAACUAGAGGUGUAAUUUCAUCUGAGUAUAGCAUGACCUCACACACCCUCUCUCUGUGUUGAUCUCCAGCCUAUUGUUUACAAGCUAGUCCGACUGCGU